GACUCCGCCCCCUGGGAUCUAUUUUUCUACCUUUGUGUUCCUCAGACUCUCAGACUCUCAGAGACCUGAUCCAACUAUAGAAAACAAACCCAGAAUCACAAACGACCGAUGAUGGAGGGAUGACAGACAGAGUCAGCGGAGGAACUCUGAGCACCAGGUGGACCUGUCUCAACUCGUCUCACUCGUGUUAUUGUCUCCGUCUCCUCCUCCCUGAACGCAUGCCCUUUAAUUUUCUUUUACAGCGACCUGACUCAGUGAAACUCUCAGAGAAACCACAACCUCGUCCUGCUCCUCGGAGCCUAAUCCAGAGCCAGACGCCGGUCCAGACUGCAGUCCAGAGUCCGAUCCAGAGGCCUGUCAGCCUCGUCAGUCCUGGACCUGCAGUGGUCCCCGUGUCACCGACUAACGGCUGCCUGAAGCCCCCGCUCCCCCAGGCGAUAGUCCAGCCUGAGGACCGAGGCUUCCCCCCGGCUCAGCCCUGGUUCCCCCCCCAGCAGAGUCCGUCCAGGCGCAGGGCGGCUGCUGACGUCCUGUUUGACAGCUUCGCCUCAGACGGACGGAUCAACGUGAACCAGUUCUUUGAGGCGAUCUGGAGCUCCGGUCUGCACAGAUCCGACCCUCGGCUCAGAGAGUGCUUCUUUCACCUGAGGAAGCUUCAGGACUCUGAGGGGUCAGUGGACAGAAACACCUUCCAAAGGUGCAUCACAGGAUUCGUGUCUCUGAUCCUGACUCUGCAGGGACUAUUCGUCAUCCCGGACUUCUCCACCUUCACUGAAGAGACCCAGAAGCUCUCCAGAUGUCGCCAGCUGUCGUCCGUGCAGGAGAAAGAGAAGGAGAGCAUGGACAGCACCAAGUGUGGCGUCUCGUACUGCUGCACCGUGGACGGACAGAGACUUUGUUUUUAUGUAACCUGUCUGUAUGUGGGUCAGGUUGUCUCUGGGGACUGGGCGGGCUCUCUGGUCCUGGGCGAAGUGUCAGGGCCACUGGUGUACGGCGCGGCGGUGGACCUGCUGGGCUCUGACCUUGUCCACAAAUACGUCGGGAUGGAGGGUUACUCCAGAUACGAGUCUCCGUUCACACUGACUAAAACAGGGAUCCCUCACAGCCCGCUGACCGAGACAGGAGCCAUCGUUACCACCUCUUUACUACAGUUGUCAGGUCGUCUCUCAGCAGAGGAAGAGGAGAAGUACGACUCAGUCCUGAACGUCAUCAGACGGCUCUGCAACAAGGAGCACGCCAACUUGAACUGCACCAGUUAUCAGAGCAGCAGGAAGGACAGCGUCAGACUCCACGCUCUGUCCUUCUACCUGCAGGAGAAAAAGUGUUUUCCAGAGAAAGUCGACAUCAAUGCUGCUCUGGAUCUGAUGCUGCAGUGCUCCUCCACAGAGCUCACCUGUGAAUCAGGAGCUGCCAUGGCCGCCUCGUUGGCCAAUGGGGGCCUCUGUCCUCUGUCAGGUGACCAGGUUCUGUCUCCGGUGGCGACCCGCAGCAUGCUGUCCAUGAUGCAGGUGGCGGGGAUGAAGGACUACUCCACGACCUUCCAGUACAAGACGUCGGUCCCGGCCGUCUGCAGCGCUCACGGCUCCCUGCUGGCCGUGGUUCCUGGUGUUCUGGGUCUGAUGGUGUUCUCUCCAGAGUUAGACGCCUGUGGGAACCCGUGGAGGGCGGUGCACUUCUGUCAGGAGCUGAUCUCAACGUUUCAGCUGCACAGUUUUGACAUCCGGACUCCGUUCAGACAGAUCCUGGCCUACAGACAGUGGAAGGCCGAGUCUGAGGGAUAUCAGAUCAUGAACGUCCUGCUGGCUGCGUUCAAAGGAGACGUCCAGGCUCUGAGGAGGUACUUCCUGUCUGGAGUGGACGUGAACGCCGUGGACUACGACGGCAGGUCUGCUCUGCAUGUGGCGGCUGCAGAAGGUCACACAGAGGUCAUCCGCUUCCUGAUGGAGAACGCCGGAGCAAACCUCGCCCUCAAGGACAGGUGGGGGAGCUCUCCCCUGCAGGAGGCGAGGAGGAACAACAAGGAGGCUGCAGUCCAGCUGCUGCAGGGAUCCAUCUGACCCCCAGUCUGACCUUUGACCUCAGCUGAACUGAGUCACCUGGUUAACUUAAUGUCUUCUGGUUGAUCCAGGUUUAUGAAGCAGAUCAAUGAAUCCAGUGAAGUCUCUCCUCUCAGCUGUUCCUUCCUGAAAGCUCCUCCUGAAAGCUCCUCCUGAAAGCUCCUCCUGAAAGCUCCUCCUGAAAGCUCCUCCUGAG